ACGGAGGAGAGGAGGACAGUAGAGGAGAAGAAGACAGAGGGGAGAAAGGAGGAGAGAGAAGAAGAGGAGGAGAGAGGGAGAAAGAAGAGUGGGGAAGUGGAAGAAAUGGAUUUUAUGUUCCCUGAGCUGCACGAGCCUCUGUAAGACAACAUGGGCUGUAUUGGAUCCCGGACGAUCACAGCGGAUGCGGUGCCUGUGCGGAAAGAUGGGGAUCAGGUAAAAAGCAGACUGAAAGAACAGCGGAGAAUAACUCCGGCAGUGUGUGUGCUGUCUCAGUCUGGAAACAUCACCGGGGAGCAUGGCCGUACCGAGUUUUCCUGGGAAGGAAUCAAUCUGUCCAUGGAGGACAUGACUUCCAUUCUGCCUCGCCUGAAGAGGAAGUCCGCUAACACCUAUGGGAUCGGUGCCCUGGCUAAGUCCUCUCUGUCAGGUGUGUCAGGCGUGACUCGCUCCAUGAAGGACAAGGUGACCAAGCCCACCGCCAUGGCCCAGGGUCGCGUCGCACACAUGAUCGAGUGGCAGAGCUGGGGCAAGCCGUCGGCGGGGCCGAUGGGCAGCGCCGGGCACACCAACCUGCAGAGGGAAAAGGAGAGGAGGAUGGAGAACGACGCGUACAGCGACCUGAGCGACGGCGAGAAGGAGGCGCGCUUUGCUGCAGGCAUCAUGCAGCAGUUUGCAAUUUCUGAAGCAACCCUGUUUGGCUGGAACUCGAUGGACGGGGAGAGUAUGGGCGCCGGCUCCAACCAGGGCAGCGUGGCUCACCUGAGCGAGGUCAACCAGGAGAGCAUCACCAGCAGAGACCAGGUGCUCCACCACUCCUCUGCGGAUGUCUGGCCUCACACCUACGUCUCACAGGGCCUGUACUGCCUGUCGUCCUCCGACGCCUGGGACCCCAUCACCAGCCAGCCGUCGGGCGUGGCCUCGCCCGCCGCAGGCUCCUACAUCAUGGCUGCAGGUGGCAGCAGCGGCGCGGGGGGUACACCCGGCGAGGGCUACGAGGGGACGGUAGGAGGUUACUUUCAGCAGCAUCAUCUCGCCCUACAGCAGCAGAGUCAACUCCAGCAGCUCCAACAGCUCCAUCACUACCAGCAGCAACAGCUCCUGCAGUACCAACAACAGACGUUCGACCCCAGGCUACACAGUGCCUCCCAUUCUCUCCAAGCCACCCCCAACAGCACCAUCCACAGCCUGGGCCCCCCCACUCACCCCCGGCUGGCCGACCUGUGGGGAGCGGCGCAGGUUGAGGCGCACCAGGUCGAGAUCGUCGGGCAGCUGAGCGCACAGAUGGCGGAGAUGGUCGGAGGCGUGGUGGAGACGGUGGGCGAGGUGCCGGAGCCCGAGUCCGAAGGCAUCCCUGAGCAGCACGAAGAGGAAGAGGAGGAGUUGACGAAGGUAGAAGAGGUCACAUUAACUCUGGAGCCCGAGCCGUGCUCUCUGACCCCGUCCCCUCUGAAGGAAGACGCCCCCUCGACCAGAGGCUCCAGUCCGGGACUGCCGGCGCCGACGGGCGAGGCCGUGGCGGAGAGGAUACCGUUCGACGUCACGCCCUGCGCCGUACGGUCGUUGGAAGAGAAGGAGGAGGAGGCGGAGGACGGCUCCGUCGUCGUAGUCGCCACCAAUUGAAUCGUGCGAUUACAAAAACCCUCUGACAAUAACGGGAAACGAAUACUCCAAUAAUCAAUCCAGUUAUUAUCCCGAACCCUCCCUCUCCCAAAUAUUUACCGACUCUGAGGCCCAGGAACGCCGGACGACUCGUUCAGAUGGAAACAUGGGAUGAAAUGUACACAAACUAAAUGCCAAGAAGCUCUUCUAACCCCAGAUUUAGGAUGGGAGACGUGGAAUAUAACUUGUGAAUAUGAACCAAUGACAUUCAAGGAGAGAGACUUGAAUUCAGUGACUGCUGAAACAAGCCGAGCGAAGACGAGAUGGAUUAACAGAACGUUUGGGCCAGCUGGACCAAAGAACCCGGACAGAAGGUCGAACAGGCCCCACACGGACGGAUGUGAAACUCAAAAUAACUAUUUAAAAAUAAAAUGAAGCAAAAGGUGAAGAAAGACAGGGUCUAUUUAAAAUUCAUUGCAAUACAACAAACAUGGACGCAGAAUUUGCAAAUAAGCCGGAGCGUUUGCUUCAGGUUGCUCAGCAGAAUUUGAGCGUGUUGAGAUAUUCGACGGAGCAAGGCGUGAGAGUCGGGGCGACCUGAAACGUGCACUCGGGCUUGUUGGCAAACACACGAUCUGGACACAACCAAAAGAAAAGUGCAUGCUUUUUAACAGUGACCUAGCCCUAACAGUAUAACACAGUAUACAAAGUAAUGAUAUAUCAAAUCGCUUUUUAUAAUAAAUGAAAAAA